AUGUGUUCCUCGGCCACCAAGGUAUGGCUCUCGACAACGCUGAUCGUGUGGUUGAUAUUGUCCGUGAUCAGGGAGGUGUUCGACCUCAUUGGGAGGUUGUGGAUCCCGGUGACCUUCAAUUUGUUCCAGGUAAUUACAUUACUUUGUUGUCGAACCACAGUAAUUUGUCGUAUUACUUUGGAAACAUUCCCAAACUGGUUAUGACGGGUUUGUAAUGCAUGUAGCUGCCCUUAAGUAAUACAAAAGCUAGGUUUUAAGCUUUUUAGGGAACAUAUUAACCGUAGUCAACAUUAUAAUUGAGCUAAAGCAAAUAUAGAUCAACAUUAUGACUCAAAUUGUAUUAUAGUAGAUGGUAAAAUUAUAAAUUCCAGAUCCUGGCCUGUAUAUCCGGUCUGUUCUCAAUAUCAUCGCGUCGUAUCACACUUCUGCUGUUACUCACCAUCUCCUGUAUCGCAUCUGCCGGCUACAAUGUAUUCCUGAUCUUAUGGUAUAAUGACGUCAUCAAAGGGUACCCUCGUCUGUUGUCAGCCGGUCUGCCAUUUGGACAGAGUUUCUUCGUCAAACACACUCCAGGCUGCGAGACAUUCUUCAAUUUGACCACCUCACAGUGGAAUCAGAAGGCCUGUGGAGUACCGUACUAUAAUGCCGAGAGCUUCCAAGCCGUCGUCCACAUUCUAUUGGCCAUUAUGACUUUUGUGUUCUCGAUUGUGUUGAUGAUUGAGAGGAAAAUCAGUCAAGGUCAGGGGGACAAACAACAGAAUCUGAAGCUAGAUUCAAAGGAAAUCGGCUACAGCUACAUGAACUCACAGUACGACAGUCCGAAGCAAGCAACGGACAAAAAGGUAAGGUAAAAUAUUGUUAUAAGCUUUUAAAAAUUUGUUUUUAUUAAUUUUUUUUAAUAUCAACUUCCAGGAAUCCCUCGAGAAAGAAAAGCGCGACAGUAUCAACUUCGAGAAGCAAGUCUCCAAGUUCCACGAUGAGUAUGCCAAAGUAGAUAUGAGUCGCAAAUCCAAGACCAAGUCCGAAUACCUGUCUCCAGAGAAUUUGAGUGGUGAACACAUCUCCAUACCCACGAACACGGCCGUCGCGGAACGGUUGGCUAACCAUUCAGGUGAGCGGGAGAUCAAAAAGAUGCCGAAGCCGCUGUCGAACGGAAACCUGACCGCUCUCAUUAGUUUCGAUCCCAAAAGUAAGGACAUCCUCAAGGUCAGCGAGCACCACAACGAUUCUGAGGAUGAGGAAGAGUACGAGCCACAGCGGAGUACGAGGAGGAGGAAUGACAGUGAAGUAGGUGUAACUAGUUGGUUUAUUAAGUGCGUUUAGCACUAUAAUACGUGAUUGUCAUUAAUAUUUAAUUGUUUCAGACCUCAACUCCAUCAGUCCAAGCCCCAAUGCCAUCCCUGAUUAGGCCUGACCGAGAUUCAGGUCAUCCAUCCUCUUCAGCCAGCGAUUGGACUACAGAAUUCUCUGUAUCGUCGCCGCCUCCGUUAAUGAAGUUUUCGCUGGAUGAGCAGACGAAUCUUGUAUCCGAUUAUUCAAAGGUUUGUUGUUCAUAACAAUAGCUGUUUUCAUAACAGUCUAGGCUUACUUCUGUUUACAUUUCUCUAUAAGCUGAUAUUGUUGUAGAUAUACUUUAAAGAACUAAAGCAUAGUACUGAGAAGACUAAAAUUUUUGAAAGAUGAGGUACUGUAAUAUCAAGCUGGCUAUUUUCAACACAAUUAAAAAAUGUUUCCACUUACAGGACCCCGCCAACUACUCCUACUACUCUCCUCAGCUCAACCUCAAGUACAACAAGAAAUUCGAUGACAUUCCACGAGACCACCAUUACCGUAGAACUAACAUAGAAAAAAAGACUACUGUAAUUCCAGAGUCUCCUAAAAUCCUACCAUUAAAGUUGAACGUGAUACGAUCUUCAAAAUACGACGAUGAAGCCGACAGUAGCAUUGAAUACCCAGAAGUCACCUCCUUUCCUGUUCGACCGAGAAGACAACUGGUCGAUGCUUGUUUUGCUACACAACUACCGCUACACAAAGCUCCUGUCAAUGCACGGUCAUUUUCUGAUGAACUACCUCCGCCGUUGACACUGGAUUCCAAGAAGUUUAGGGCUCCAGAUGUCGAUGGUCUUCUGGUGUAG